CGGAGUAGGAGGAAAUGUUAACAGGAGUCAAUAAUUAAUUCAGGUUUUUUUUUUCCCCUCCGUCUUCAGAUAACUCAUUUCAAUUAUCAAUGCUGCCCACAAGGAAAACGCUUUGGGGAUAUAAGGAAUCCAGUUCCAAGCAGAGGCUCACCUAAACAAAGCACUGAUUGCACCAAACCGCUUCAAGUUUGAUCUGCGUGGAGUAGAAUUACUCCCCCCCCUCCGACCCGAGAGGACUAAUGAUGGCUCUAGUGGUUCACCUGAAGACGGUGGCUCACCUUCGGGGGAAAGGUGAUAAGAUCGCCAAAGUUACAUUCAGAGGUCUGCCCUUCUACAGCCGUGUAGCAGAGAACUGUGAGGAGGUGGCCCACUUUAAUGAGUUAUUUCGAUGGCCCAUUGCCAGCAGGUUGGAUGGAAACGAGAUGCUGGAGAUCCAAGUGUACAAUUACAGCAAAGUCUUCUCCAACAGGCUGGUGGGGACUUUCUGUAUGGUACUCCAGAAGGUGGCUGAAGAGGGACAUCUAGAGCUCACAGAGACACUCAUCGAUGACAACAACACAUCAAUUAAGACCAGCGUCAACAUAGAGAUCAGAUACCAGCCCAUGGAUGGUACUGUAGGAGUGUGGAGAGAUGGAGAGUUCCUAGAUGUUCCUGACGACCGUGAUGGGGUGUUCACCUUUGAAACAGACAGUCUGCUCUCAGGACAAAGCCACGGGUCAGGGACGUCCCAUGGACGAUCUUUACAGGGAUCUAUACCCACCUUCAGAAAAGCAGGAAAGGGAGUUUUUUCAGCCAUGAAACUCGGCAAAAUCAAGAGCUCUAAAGAUGACCACAGGAAAGGAGCCGAUGAGCCAGCAGUCUUGGACAUGGAGGACUUGGACCGGAAAGCAAUACGUCUUGCUGGAACGCUGGAUCCAGAUACCAUCUCUCUGGCCUCUGUGACUGCUGUCACUACUAACGUUUCCAACAAGAGGUCAAAGCCAGAUAUCAAGAUGGAGCCAAGCUCUGGAAGACCAGUAGAUUAUCAGAUCAGCAUCACAGUGAUUGAGGCGCGACAGCUAAUAGGCCUCAACAUGGACCCUGUGGUGUGUGUAGAGAUUGGAGAUGACAAGAAGUAUACAUCUAUGAAGGAGUCGACCAACUGUCCAUACUACAAUGAGUAUUUUGUCUUUGAUUUCCACGUCCCUCCUGAUGUCAUGUUUGAUAAGAUCAUCAAGCUCUCGGUUAUUCAUUCCAAAAACCUUUUAAGAAGUGGAACCUUGGUGGGAACCUUUAAAAUGGAUGUCGGGACUGUUUACUCUCAGCCUGAGCACCAGUUCUACCACAAGUGGGCCAUCCUGUCUGAUCCUGAAGACAUCACGGCCGGGUGCAAAGGAUACAUAAAAUGUGACAUUGCUGUUGUCGGGAAGGGUGACAACAUCAAGACCCCACACAAAGCCAAUGAGACUGAAGAAGACGAGAUAGAGGGAAAUCUCCUGCUCCCUGAGGGGAUUCCUGCAGAGAGGCAGUGGGCGAGGUUUUACGUGAAGAUCUACCGUGCCGAGGGACUUCCGAAAAUGAACACCAGCAUCAUGGCUAAUGUGAAAAAGGCCUUCAUAGGAGAGAACAGAGACCUGGUUGAUCCCUAUGUUCAAGUGCAAUACGCUGGACAAAAGGGCAAAACCUCGGUCCAGAAGAGCAGCUACGAGCCGAUCUGGAACGAGCAGAUCGUAUUCGCAGAGCUAUUCCCUCCUCUCUGCAAAAGGAUCAAAGUCCAGAUAAGAGACUCGGACAAGGUCAAUGAUGUUGCCAUAGGAACCCACUUCAUCGAUCUACGCAAAAUAUCAAAUGAUGGUGAUAAAGGGUUCUUGCCCACCCUGGGCCCAGCAUGGGUCAACAUGUACGGCUCCACUCGCCAGUACACGCUGAUGGACGAGCACCAGGACCUGAAUGACGGGCUCGGGGAAGGAGUGUCUUUCAGAGCGCGGCUCCUGCUUUCCGUCGCUGUGGAGAUUCUGGACACCACCUCACCGGAGAUCAUCAGCUCCAGCGAAGUCCAAGUGGACUCUGUCUCCAACAUCUCCGAGAGCGCCACAGGGAAAAUGGAAGAGUUCUUCCUCUUUGGUUCCUUCCUGGAGGCCACCAUGAUUGACAGGAAGAUUGGCGACAAACCCAUCACUUUUGAAAUCACAAUUGGUAACUAUGGCAACCAGAUAGAUGGCGUGAACAAAUCGUCCUCGAGAAAGAAGAAGAAAAAGGAUGGAGAUGAUGAAGAGGAUGAAGACGAGCUGAUCCAGAACUCCAGCGAGGACGAGGCGGACGAGGACGGGGACCUGGCUUCGGUGUCCUCCACUCCUUUCAUGAGGCCCGUCAUCACCGACAGAAACUACUUCCAUCUCCCCUACUUUGACAAGAAGCCGUGUGUCUACAUAAAGAGCUGGUGGCAGGACCAGAGGAGACGACUUUAUAAUUCCAACAUGAUGGAUAAGAUUGCAGACAAGUUGGAAGAAGGUUUGAAUGAUGUUCAAGAGAUCUUUAAGACAGAGAAGGCUUUUCCAGAGCGCAGACUCAGAGGCGUGCUGGAGGAGCUCAGUAUCGGCUGCAGUCGGUUUGUGACGCUGGCCAACAAGGAUGUGAACCUGGCGGGCCGAACCAAGCUGGAUCGAGAACGGCUCAAGUCCUGCAUGAGGGAAAUGGACGGUAUGGGCCAGCAGGCCAGGCAGAUACGCACACAGGUGAAGAAAAACACCAUCAAGGACAAAGUCAAGCUUGCACAGAACUUCCUGCAGAGGCUCCGUUUCCUUGCUGACGAGCCUCAACACAGCAUCCCAGAUGUUUUUAUCUGGAUGAUGAGCAAUAACAAGCGCAUCGCUUACGCCCGGAUUCCCUCCAAAGACAUUCUGUACUCAAUAGUAGAUGAAGAAACAGGAAAAGACUGUGGAAAAGUCAAAGCUGUCUUCCUCAAGCUGCCUGGGAAGAAGGGCUUUGGUCCUGCAGGCUGGACGGUUCAGGCUAAACUGGAGUUGUACCUGUGGCUGGGGAUCAACAAGCAACGGAAAGACUUCCUCACCGGUCUCCCGAAUGGAUUUGAAGAGGUUAAAGCCGUCAACACAGGCCCUGGUCUGCACUCUGUCCCCCCAGUCAGCCUCGUCUACAACAUGAAGCAGGUGUUUCAGCUGAGAGCGCACAUGUACCAGGCCCGCAGCCUGUUUGCUGCCGACAGCAGUGGUCUCUCCGACCCCUUCGCCCGAGUCUUCUUCUCCACACACAGCCAAGUGACUGAGGUUCUGAGCGAGACUCUUUGCCCAACGUGGGACCAGCUGCUGGUCUUCGAUGAUGUGGAGCUGUUCGGUGAGGCCAGUGAACUAAGAGAAGACCCUCCCAUCAUUGUGGUGGAACUCUAUGACCAAGACACUGUGGGUAAGGCAGAGUUUAUAGGUCGGACGUUUGCAAAGCCCACCAUCAAGAUGUGUGACGAGCAUUACGGACCCCCGAGGUUCCCACCACAGCUGGAGUACUACCAGAUAUUCAGAGGGAACUGCACUGCUGGCGAGCUGCUGGCUGCCUUUGAGCUGCUGCAGAUACCCUUUGACACAGAGGAGAUCAGGCGAGCUCUCAUCGCUGUCCAUAACUUUGCUGUUCCUCAAAUAAAGGUUGGUCAAGGAGGCAGGGCUGACCUUCCUCCCCUUGAAGGUUCAACAGACUCAGAACGUGGACCCAUCCUCCCCGUGCCAUUGGGCAUCCGACCGGUCCUGAGUCGCUACCGUAUAGAGGUUCUGUUCUGGGGAUUAAGGGACCUGAAGAGGGUCAACUUAGCUCAGGUGGACCGGCCCCGUGUGGACAUAGAGUGUGCGGGUCGAGGUGUUCAAUCCACCCUCAUUCAGAACUACAAGAAGAAUCCCAAUUUCAGCACCCUGGUUAAAUGGUUUGAAGUGGACCUUCCGGAGAAUGAGCUGCUACAUCCUCCUCUUAAUAUCCGGGUGGUGGACUGCAGGGCGUUUGGCCGCUACAUCCUGGUAGGAUCCCACGCCGUUAGCAGCCUGAGACGCUUCAUCUACAGCCCUCCAGACAAGACGUCCAACAACUGGGCCUCUGCAGCUAAGCUAAUGAAUGGCUACAUGGUCCUAACCAAUGGCUUCCCCCAGCCUCGCUCCUCACCCAGCCUCUCUUCCCGCACCUUCUCUCGCCCUGCAGGUGACAUCAUUGUCAACCUGGACGCAGAUCCUACAAUCCGGAAGAUGGACACAUUCGUCAAGUUAGACGCCACGUCUGAUGCUGUUGUAAAAGUUGACAUGACUGAGGAAGAGAGUGACAAAGAGAAAAAGAAGAAGAAAAAGAAGAAGAAGGGGGUAGUGGAGGAAGACGAUGAGCCUGAUGAGAGCGUGCUGGACUGGUGGUCCAAAUAUUUUGCCUCAAUAGAGACGCUGAAGGAGACCCUCAAAGCCCAGGAGGCGGCUCAGGCCGAGGCGGAGGAGAGAGAGGACCUGGAGAUAGCAGCUGAAACGGCAGAUAUCAAACCUGAUGACCUUCUUCCGAAAGGCUCCAAGAUGAAGGAAAAGAGCAAAGAGAAGAAAAGCUCCAGGGACAAAAAGAAGGGUCACACUGCGGACAGUGCAGAGAAACAACGGGUUAAAUCAAAAGUGGACGAGCUGGUGGUGUACAACAAGGAGUUGGAGAGUGAGUUUGGGGACUUUGAAGAUUGGCUUCACACGUUCAACUUGUACAGGGGAAAGGCCGGAGAUGACGACGAACACGCUCUGGACGAUGACAGAAUUGUUGGUAGAUUCAAGGGAUCCCUGUGUAUGUACAAGCUCCCUCUGUCUGAGGAAGUCACAAGAGAGGCAGGGUUUGAUCCCAACAUGGGAAUGUUCCAGAGCAUUCCACACAAUGACCCAAUCAGCGUCCUUGUCCGUGUCUACGUCGUCAGGGCCACAGAGCUUCAUCCUGCUGAUAUCAAUGGGAAGGCUGAUCCAUACGUUGUCAUCAAGCUUGGAAAGUCAGAGGUCAAGGACAAGGAGAACUACAUCUCCAAGCAGCUCAAUCCUGUAUUUGGCAAAUCAUUUGACAUUGAGGCCACCUUCCCGAUGGAGUCCAUGCUAACGGUGUCCGUAUAUGACUGGGAUCUGGUUGGCACUGACGACCUGAUUGGCGAGACAAAGAUCGACUUGGAGAAUCGGUUCUACAGCAAAUUCAGAGCUACAUGUGGCAUUUCAUCCAACUAUUCUCUCCAUAGAUACAAUGUUUGGCGGGAUCCGAUGAAGCCCAGCCAGAUCCUUGCUAGGCUCUGCAAAGAAGGCAAGAUCGAUGGACCGCACUAUGGGCCUGGAGGCAAAGUCAAGGUGGCAAAUCGAAUCUUUACGGGACCAACAGACAUUGAGGAUGAAAAUGGUUUAAAGAGGCAGACUGAGGAGCAUUUAGCGCUGACAGUGUUGAAUCACUGGGAGGAGAUCCCCAGAGUUGGCUGCAAGCUGGUUCCUGAACACGUGGAGACCAGACCCCUGCUGAACCCUGACAAACCUGGAAUCGAACAGGGCCGCCUUGAAAUGUGGGUGGACAUGUUUCCUAUGGACAUGUCUGCUCCUGGACCUGCCAUUGACAUUUCACCACGUAAACCAAAGAGAUAUGAGCUCAGGGUGAUUAUUUGGAAUACUGACGAAGUAAUACUGGAGGACGAUGAUUACUUCACUGGGGAAAAGUCCAGUGACAUAUUUGUCAGGGGAUGGCUGAAAGGACAGCAGGAGGACAAGCAGGACACAGAUGUGCAUUACCACUCCCUCACUGGUGAGGGCAACUUCAACUGGCGCUUUGUGUUCCCCUUCGAUUACCUCAUGGCUGAGGAGAAGAUUGUCAUCUCUAAGAAAGAGUCCAUGUUCUCCUGGGAUGAGACCGAGUACAAGAUCCCUCCUCGUCUCACGAUGCAGGUCUGGGAUGCAGACCACUUCUCUGCCGAUGACUUCCUAGGUGCAAUUGAGUUGGACCUGAACAGGUUCCCUCGUGGCGCCAAGACAGCCAAGCAAUGCUCCCUGGAAAUGAUCCGAAAUGAGCAGGACCUGCCCACCAUCUCCAUCUUCAAACAGAAGCGGGUCAAAGGAUGGUGGCCAUUUGUAGCCCGCGACGAGAACGAUGACAUGGAGCUUACGGGCAAGGUUGAGGCUGAACUUCACCUGGUGACGGCAGAGGAGGCAGAAAAAAGUCCUGUCGGACUGGGACGAAACGAGCCCGAUCCGCUGGAGAAACCAAAUCGCCCAGACACCACCUUCCUGUGGUUCCUGAGUCCGCUGAAAGCCAUCCGCUACCUUGUGUGCAACCGCUACAAGUGGCUGAUCAUCAAGAUCGUGCUGGCCCUGCUGCUGCUCAUCAUGCUGGGCCUCUUCCUCUACAGCAUGCCGGGCUACCUUGUCAAGAAGCUGCUGGGUGCUUAGUUCACUGCUAAGAGGAAGAGGAGGGGAAAAGCUGGGUGGAUGGGAGGAAAUCAACAGGACUGCCACAAAAAGGGAGCCAGAGGGAAGUCUGUUCUGUACCAUUUUCUCCUCUUUACUCCGCUCUGAUCUCCCUAACCAGCUUGCCCCUUUCAACUUUAGCACUAAGGAAAAGCGAGGGCACCGAGCAAAGUGACUGUUUCCAACCCAAGUAACAAAAAGAUGCCGGAUAAUCUAAAUCAACCUGCAACAAGCCUAACAAAACUAAACCAAUCAUAUAAUCAUUCCUCUUGUCCAGCAGGGUUAUAUGACUGAAUGCUUCUUUGUCCAAACAUUAGGCUUUUGAUUUAUGUAAUCAGUGAAACUGUUGGGUUAAUGGCAUUUGAAGCGAUGCUGAGUGAUCUCCCAUGACGCCGUGUCUGCGUUUGACCAAGGUUAAUGUGGGACAAAUGGAUGACACUUCUAGCAACACUUUAACAUUGCCUUAAUUUGGGUAUUUAUAAACAUAAAUAGUUUCAGCAGCUGACCUUAAAAAAUAUAGUGAUGCAUAGUAUUUCUCAAUCAUUUGUCCUCUUUGUAAAUGAUUUUACAUUACUGUCCUUUAGUAUUCUUUUACACACCAGUCUCCACCUACUAGUGCCCAAAAGUGAUGUAAAAGUCAAUAAAAUUACACAAAAAUGUACAUUUAUAGGUACAUUUACAUUAUAAUGCAUCAACAUCUGUUUCUGUAAUAUUUAUAAAUUGCCUAUGAAGACUACAUUGGAGGAUUAUAGUAAUGAGUUGUUGUUUUUUUAAUCUAUUAAAGCUUUUGCAAUCUUUGCACACAUAUAAGAGAUAAAAAUGAAAAAAUAAUAUUUUCCUAUUAAAUUCAACGAAAUAGUAGAACGACAUUACUUCAAAAUGAAUGAGGUAAUGAAUAUGUUUUUUUUUCUUCUUCAGUUAAACUACAGUCUUAAAAAUGUAGUCCCUGGAUCAACGCAUCCAAGUCAGAUUUGUGUUAAGCUCUGUUUGCAAAAAAUUAGACUAUUUAUUUCAGUUUCCAAGUUAAUAUAUGAGGGAAAGAACAGUUCUGCUGAUUUUCUCCUAAUAUGCAGAUUUUAGUUUGCAGUCUCCUGUUGUUGUUAUUCUUAAAAUGUGUAAAUCUUUUUUUUUUUACUGUCCUAUGUCCUUAUCGUCUCUUGAAAAAAAAAAAUUUCAGCAGAAUGACAGAAGUUAUUUGCAAAUACACUUUCAACAAUUCUGAAGUGCUCAGAGAAAGAAAGAAUGACUUAGGUUAUCGCUGAUAUCCAGCUAAAUGGAGGCUUGUGUGUUAAUAUGCAUGCGUCAUUGUGAUAACUGACCUGAGAGGUCAUGUGUGUUCGCAUGACUCGUCCUUCCAGCUCGAUUCAAACCACUUCACACCACGUUUUUUGUUUGGAUUUAUUGUUAACAGAUAAUCCAAAGAUGGCCUACGAAAAUGAUUAAAGUGUUUUUGAAUGGAGUCAUUACAAAGGAUCUUGGAUACUUCUGUCAAAUCUGAAUCGGCCUCCACAUCACAUGGCGUUGUGUUUUGAUGUCAUUUGUGUUGUAUUUUUGUGAAUCUGAAAAUACAAUUAUGGUUUGCACUGAACUAAAAUUGCCUGUUUUUAUGAUGAAUCAGUGUAUUUAAUGUGUUGAAA